UGAUUUUUAUUUUGAUCUGUUUUGAAUGGCGUGACACUGAAGACCAGUCAUAAUCGGAGAAAUCCGCUUGGAAAAGUUGUUUCUGCGAGAGGUAGCGACGUCAUUUUCGAAAAUUUUGUGCGUAGUAUUUGCACGCUUCGCUCUCCUUCACGUCACGAUGGCCAUGAUCAUCAGGACAGCCACCUCUCCCUGGUCGAGAUCGUCGUCGAUCGUCGGGACGGGCCCCGUCGACCCCGUCGGGGUCCCUGUCGGGAUGAUAGAGUUCGAGAAGCACCGCUUCUUCCUAAAUGCCGGUAUCGCGGGCACCUGGUGGUAAUUUAUGUACAAAACAUGGCCACCCGAGAGGUAGGUAAUAAAUUAGAUAAGCAGAGACAGUAUCGAAAGGGCCGCGACCGGUACGAACGAAAUGAGACAGAGCCCGGUUCUUCGGUGAGCAAGAGAAGAAGAAUGAACUCAGAGUUUGUUGAGAAAUGGGAUGCCGCCGCUUUAAAGGAACUAGAUGACUCGGCAAUUCAAGAAAAGAUUGACCAUGAGGCAUGUAUACGAGAUGGAAUUGUCAAGUUGUUGGCUGCUUGCCAUGAAGAAGUCCAGGCACUUGAAGCAUCUAAGAAUCUUCUCACAAUAAAUGCUCGCAUCUUAGCACUAAUGGGGCUGCUACAAAGACACAGAGCAAAAUCAGUGAUGAGACGAAAAGGAUCAAGUUCAACUUGCCCAUUUGACUUGGAUGAUAAUGAAGCACCUUGUAAAGGAAAACUUUCACUUUCAGACAUUCGUGUUCCUUUGAUGUGGACCCAAGAUGAUCACAAUAAAACCAAGACAGAGCAACAUAUUUACUAUGUGUUCUGCUUGUUGAAGCUUGAUGGUCAAGUGCUGGACACAGCUCUUGUAGAAACUGACGAGUCAGAAACAGAUAUUUCCUUCGACAACAUUAUUGUCUUUGAAAAUGUGAGUCAUGACUUCAAGUUGGACAUGGAGAUUUACUACUCGGUGUCAUCAGAUAAUGCAGCGAACAGAGCUUCUGGUUUAAUGAGACCCCUAAGGAGAACUCCAUCUGGGCAUGAAGUUCCCAAAUUUAUACUUGCAGGGCACACUCAGUUAACAGUGGAUCACUUACAUGAAGACAUAAAAUCACAUGACCUCAAGACUGGUUUGGUUGGGGCUAGUCCCCUAGCGACCACUGUAUAUACUGAGGACUCAAACAUGCCAUUGUUAGCUCUGUGGGGUCAGAUUUGCUGUCGUCUAGCUGCUAGACCAACUUGUGUGGAACAAGUUCAGAUGAGUGGGUUCCUUGAAGUACAGAGAAUGAUUGGCAACCAGUCUUCAUGGUGUCGACUUUGGUGUGUUUUGAGACAUGGGAGAAUUAAAUGCUGGAAAAGUAAAGAGGACUUUGAUGAGAACGAACUGGUGGAGUGUAUAGAAAUCAAGCCACAUAUGGAGAUAACAGACACAAUCAGUCCUACCUUUCAGCACCGGCACAUCCUUAUUCUUACAAGUACAAGUUUAACGCCUGAAAAGGAGCCAGUGUUGGCAUGUGAGUCAGAUGAAGAAUAUGCAUGCUGGAGGGAUGCCUUGCACCAAGCUAUUUUGGAUGUUACAGCAUGGAAAACAACCUGCCAACAAGAGAUGAAUAUAGUUUAUCCAUCUCAACACAAACGUUCCUUUGUUGAGAACAAAACCUUAUAUGAUUCAGUUGAGGUUCCACUGUCAUCUUUUGCUGAAACCGUUAUAAAUGAUGGUAAACGUCAACCCCUGUGCGAACUGAAAUCAAUUCCGGCAGAUUCCCCAAGCAUUGAAUGCACAUAUGACAUCUGGCAAAAAAGAGACCCCCUAAACAGAAGCUUCAGAAAGGGAAAGAAGAAAGGAGCUGAUGAGAAUGUGUUAAAUUAUGAAACUACAAUUUAACUCUUUAUUCAUGGAUCCGGGAAGUAAUCGUCGCAGAGAAAACAGUCGCACUAAAAUAGUGUAUUAGUGACAGCACCCCUCACCUCUCACCUCCUUGUCUUCUCUGUUUUCCUCCGUCAAGAGGUACGCCAGUCUUAGAGGAAAUCACACUCUAGCUAUACGUGAAGGAACAUGACUGUAUAUAGAAUUAAGUGUAACCCAUGUUCUUAAGUAUUGGACUGAGUGUGCACAUUAGUUGCAGUUUUAACUGUAGACUGGAAGCAACCUUUGAGUUGAUCGUUCGCAUGAAGGCAAGACUGCAGACUUUCUAACUGUCUAGAUAAAAUUUGAUUUGUGAUUUUCGCCGCGUCGGAAAAAGAAUUCUAUCCCAAAAAAUUACACUUUACUGAAGUAGAUUGAAAAUAGACCAAUUUCGAUAUAUUAAAAUUCAGCCUAAAACGAUAGACCUCAGUACGAGGCUCUGGGGAAUAACUA